GGCCGCGGCCGGGGAACGUGGGCUGCCGCCCGGCCUGCCAGAAAAUUUCCUAGAAGUUUGCUGGGCACCGGCUGGACCAUGAACGUGUUCCGUAUCCUCGGUGACUUGAGCCACCUCCUGGCCAUGAUCUUGCUCCUGGGGAAGAUCUGGAGGUCCAAGUGUUGCACGGGCAUCUCCGGGAAGAGUCAGAUCCUUUUUGCUCUCGUCUUCACCACCAGGUACCUGGACCUGCUCACCAACUUCAUCUCCAUCUACAACACAGUCAUGAAGAUGGUUUUCCUCCUCUGUGCCUAUGUCACAGUGUACAUGAUCUAUGGGAAAUUCCGGAAAACAUUUGACAGUGAGAAUGACACAUUCCGUCUGGAGUUUCUCCUGGUCCCCGUGAUUGGCCUUUCCUUCCUUGAGAACUACAGUUUCACUCCCCUGGAGAUCCUCUGGACCUUCUCGAUCUACCUGGAAUCUGUGGCCAUUCUGCCUCAGCUCUUCAUGAUCAGCAAGACUGGAGAGGCUGAGACCAUCACUACCCACUAUCUGUUCUUUCUGGGUUUAUACCGGGCACUCUACCUGGCUAACUGGAUCAGGCGGUAUCAGACUGAGAAUUUCUAUGACCAAAUUGCAGUGGUGUCUGGAGUAGUACAAACCAUCUUCUACUGUGACUUCUUCUACCUGUAUGUGACCAAAGUCCUUAAAGGAAAGAAGUUAAGUCUUCCAGUGCCAAUCUGAGGGCCUUCAGAGAUGUUCUACACCUGAAAAAGAAUGUGGAGUGAAUCAUUUCAGAUGUUCUCUUUGGGGACUUCCCCAUGACUUGGUGCAACUGUUAAAGAACAGUGCUUAGUGUGGAUUUCAGCAAAGUACUUAGCAUCCGAAUCUAGAAGACCUUGUCACCAAUAGGAUCUCCCCUUAAAUGCCUAGAAAAACCUGGGCCAAUUACAAAAAUACUGGACCCCAAAACUUCAACAGCAACAGAGCUUAAGGUGCCUACCCAUGAAUGGGUCAAGUAAACCUUACUGUGAGACAUGCUGUUUUGACCCAUCUGGAAAGGUGGCCCUCUGUAAGAACACCUCAAAUGAAGUUGAUAAUCACUUCAAAUACCAGCAGCACUCUGUUCUGGUAAUUUUUUGCACUUUCCAGGUAGACCAAAUUUAUGGAGUAAACAAACAAGGGUGAUAGGCCACAGGUGUUAAAUGUCGUUUCACAUCUAAAGGAUGUACCAGCUUUAAACUGUUUCCUAAGCCUUGCCUUUAAAACCCACUUAGGUCUCGUACUGCAAUCCACACACCCAGUGCUUGCUAGUCCUGCACUCUACAUUAAUCCUCCGAAUAACCCUGGUUAGGUACCAUUAGCCUUAUCAUUUUACCAAUGACAAAACAGACACCCAAGCCCUUAACUACUAGGUAUGCUGCCUUAUUGCAUUUUGAUUCAAAUUCUUAUAUUAUGACCCUAUCAAUCCCAUCUUCCUUUCAGUUUUAGGUGAUAACCAAGGGGAUUAAGUCAAUCCAAGAUCCCCAACCUUGGUCUUGAUGACAUAAAAACAAUCCUAAAAGGACUACCAUUUUACUGGAUUUAAGCUAUACAGAAAAUAAUUUUUAAGCAAUAAAAAGUUCACACCUUA